ACGCACCGGAAGUGGGCGGAGCAGACCUUCGGUCGCUGCGUGGGGAUUCGGGUUCGGGGUUUCCUGGUGGGCGCCAGGGGCGGGCGAUAGAGUGGCUGGCGCUACGGCCCGGGAACUAGGCCAUGGAGAAGCUGCGGCGGGUCCUGAGCGGCCAGGACGACGAGGAGCAGGGCCUGACCGCGCAGGUCCUGGAUGCCUCGUCCCUUAGUUUCAACACCAGAUUGAAAUGGUUUGCCAUCUGCUUCGUAUGUGGCAUUUUGUUUUCUAUUCUUGGAACUGGAUUGCUGUGGCUUCCGGGCGGCAUAAAGCUGUUUGCACUGUUUUACACCCUCGGCAAUCUUGCUGCAUUAGCCAGUACAUGCUUCUUAAUGGGGCCUGUGAAGCAACUGAAGAAAAUGUUUGAAACAACAAGAUUGCUUGCAACCGUUAUUAUGCUCUUGUGUUUCAUAUUUACCCUGUGUGCUGCUCUUUGGUGGCAUAAGAAGGGACUGGCCGUAUUAUUCUGCAUAUUGCAGUUCUUGUCAAUGACUUGGUAUAGCCUGUCGUACAUCCCAUACGCAAGUGUUGAAUAAAGAAGAAGGAAGAGAAACUUUGCUUAGAAAGUUGCUUGGAAUUAGGCAAGGCAAGGAAAAGCUGCCCAAAGGAAUUGCUGGGGGACCCAAGGGAAGAGGAACAAGUCAGCAGAGGUCUCGGGAAGCAACGGGAAUUCUGGUGGUCUCAGCCAUACCAGCCUCACACCUGCCUCAGAUCAGCCCUGUGAGAUGACAUGAAGGUUGACAAGAAAUGUGUGGAAGCAGACAAGGAAGAAUCUGUUGGCUAUGGUCAGAAGUUCUUUAUAGCUGGCUUCCGCUGCGACAUGUGCCUUUGUCGCAGGAAAUCUCACCUCAGCCCCCUGCAAUGGCAGCUGCUACAGUGCAGUGGGUGCCCCUUACGAGGAGCUGGUGAAGUACCAGCGACGCCCUUCAGACAAGUACCGCCUCACAGUGCUCGUGGGACGCUCUGGUGUUGGAGUAAACGAGCUCAGAAGACAACUUACUGAAUUUAAUCCCAGCCAUUUUCAAAGUCCUGUGCCACACACUAGUACUGAAAAGAGUUAUGAAAUGAUGGGCGUAAGUAUCACUAUGUGUCCAAGGAAACAUUUGAAAGCCUCAUAUUUAGUUACAGGAUGCUGGAGCAUGGUGAGUACGAAGGCCACCUGUAUGGCACUAGUGUGGAUGCCGUUCAGACAGUUCUUGACGAAGGAAAAGUCUGUGUCAUGGACUUAGAGCCCCAGGAUGUUCAAGUGGCUCAAACCCAUGAACUGAAGCCCUAUGUCGUAUUUAUAAAGCCUAAUAUGAGGUGUAUGAAACAAUCUCAGAAAAAUGCCAAGAUUAUUACUGACUACUUUGUGGAUGUGAAGUUCUAGGAUGAAGACCUACAAGAGAUGGAAAAUUUAGCCCAAAGAAUGGAAACUGAGUUUGGUCCAUUUUGUGAUCGUGUGAUGGUGAAUGACAGCUUGCAAGAUGCAUGUGCCCAGUUGUUGUCUGCCAUACAGAAGGCUCAGGAGGAGCCUCAGUGGGUACCAGCAACAUGAAUUUCCUCAGAUACUGAGUCUUGAUGAGACGUCUCGCUGAAUGCCGGAGUUUUAACACUGUGCCCUUGUCACAGCCAUCUACAGCUGCAAUCUGAAACAGCAGCAUUUGACCCAUUAUAAUGUGUACAACUUUAAAAGUGCAGCAGUUUAUUAAUCUUAUUUGAAAAAAAUUUAUUGUACGGUUAUGUCGUUACCUAUUUGGCUGUUAAUUUUUUUUCCUUUAACUCACAUGAAGCUGUGGUAGAAAUACUAAUAAUGUUAAGACACUGAGUAUGAGACUUUUGCAGAUUUCACAUGAUCUUUUAAGAUUCAAAUAAAGAGCUUUCCUAAAUAAAAAAGGAAAAGAAAAAGA